AUGACUGACGACGCCCAUGAUCAACCCGUUGCAACUGCUCUGGAGGAGUCCAUUGCUCACCACAGUGUCAGGCUGGGUAAUCUCUGCGACAAGACCUCCCUUGCUUCGAGCGUAAAGAACUACGUGUACGAGAUACAUGUAGACUUUUUCUAUUUCUUACUGAUUUCAUCUGGAAAGCCAAAUGAUAAAGAUGAGCAAGAUCGACUGGACUUGGUAGGCCAACCAGUGUCACCCUUGUGGUUAUUCAUCUUAUGGUUGUGGCUAAUAAUGCAGUCCUACCAUAUCUACAAUCUCUGUCUCGGUGGUGAACUGCACCGCGCUCCGCUAAAAAAUCCACAGAAGGUGUUGGAUCUCGGAACGGGGACUGGCAUUUGGGCGAUUGAUUUUGCAGAGACUGAUAGCGUGGAUAGUAUGAAUCCCCAGGCUGAGGUCAUUGUCUCUCACAUGCCUAUUGUUAGGGUGCCACCCAACUGCAGAUUCGAGAUCGACAACUUCGAGGAAGAAUGGAACUUCUCCAGGCCAUUCGACUUUAUCCACGGCCGUGAAUUGGAAGGGUCCAUUCGCGACCACGAUCGACUUUUCGCGCAAUGCUUCAGGAACUUGUCACCUGAAGGAUUUCUAGAAAUGAAGUCUAUGCAAGUGGAGUUUUCCUCCGACGAUGGGACGCAUACGAAGGCUGAACACUUUUCAAAGGUAGUCGAUCUCAUACACGAGGCUGCUAACAAAUUCGGGAAAAGCAUGGCUACUAUCACAACGUGGAAGGAGAGGAUGGAAAAAGCAGGUUUCAAAAAUGUCAAGCAGGAGACAUAUAAGCUGCCACAUGGCUCCUGGCCAAAAGACCCCAAACCGAAAGAAAUCGGUAUUUACCACCAGCACAACACGCUAGAUGCCAUGGGACCUUAUACGUAUGCACUGCUGACGCGGUACCUGAACUGGAAAAGGGAGGAGGUGGAGGUUUUGCUGACUGGGGCGCGGAAGGAGAUCAAGGAUCCGUCGAUUCAUAGCUAUUCGAACCUCUAUGUUAUUUAUGGGCAAAAGCCGGAGGACUGA